CCCAGCCAUGGAGAACGCGCACACAAAGACUGUGGAGGAAGUUUUGGCUUAUUUCGGCGUCAACGAGAGCACCGGGCUCAGCCUCGAGCAAGUGAAGAAGCUGAAGGAGAAAUGGGGCUCCAACGAGCUGCCGGCAGAGGAAGGAAAAACCUUACUCGAGCUUGUGAUUGAACAAUUUGAAGACUUACUAGUUAGAAUUUUGUUGCUGGCUGCUUGCAUAUCUUUUGUCCUGGCCUGGUUUGAAGAAGGUGAAGAAACAAUCACAGCAUUUGUAGAGCCUUUUGUAAUCUUACUUAUAUUAGUAGCCAAUGCAAUUGUGGGAGUUUGGCAGGAAAGAAAUGCUGAAAAUGCUAUUGAAGCUCUUAAAGAAUAUGAACCAGAGAUGGGCAAAGUGUAUAGACAAGACCGAAAAAGUGUCCAGAGGAUUAAAGCAAGAGACAUUGUCCCAGGUGACAUCGUGGAAGUGGCAGUUGGAGACAAAGUUCCUGCUGAUAUAAGAAUUACUUCUAUCAAAUCUACAACUCUAAGGGUAGACCAGUCAAUUCUCACAGGUGAAUCUGUGUCUGUUAUUAAGCACACGGACCCCGUGCCUGAUCCUCGUGCUGUAAAUCAAGACAAGAAGAACAUGCUCUUUUCUGGUACAAACAUUGCUGCUGGUAAGGCCAUGGGGGUGGUUAUUGCAACAGGGGUAAACACCGAGAUCGGGAAAAUCCGUGACGAGAUGGUGGCGACCGAGCAGGAGAGAACCCCCCUGCAGCAGAAACUGGACGAGUUUGGGGAGCAGCUGUCCAAAGUCAUCUCCCUGAUCUGCAUCGCCGUGUGGAUCAUCAACAUCGGCCACUUCAACGACCCCGUGCACGGCGGCUCCUGGAUCCGCGGCGCCAUCUACUACUUCAAGAUCGCCGUGGCGCUGGCGGUGGCCGCCAUCCCCGAGGGGCUGCCCGCCGUCAUCACCACCUGCCUGGCGCUGGGCACGCGCAGGAUGGCCAAGAAGAACGCCAUCGUCAGGAGCCUGCCCUCGGUGGAGACCCUGGGCUGCACCUCGGUCAUCUGCUCCGACAAGACGGGCACGCUGACCACCAACCAGAUGUCCGUGUGCAGGAUGUUUAUCCUGGACAGAGUAGAAGGAGACAGCUGCUCUCUGAAUGAAUUCACUGUAACUGGUUCAACAUAUGCUCCCAUGGGAGAAGUGCAUAAAGAUGACAAACUCAUUAAAUGUAGCCAGUAUGAUGGUCUUGUGGAACUUGCAACAAUCUGUGCACUCUGCAAUGAUUCCUCUUUGGAUUACAAUGAGGCUAAGGGAGUUUAUGAAAAGGUUGGUGAAGCCACAGAGACGGCGCUCACGUGUCUGGUGGAGAAAAUGAACGUGUUCGACACAGACCUGAAGGGACUUUCUAGAAUCGAACGUGCCAACGCCUGCAACUCGGUGAUAAAACAACUCAUGAAGAAAGAAUUCACUCUGGAGUUCUCAAGAGACAGGAAGUCGAUGUCUGUGUACUGCACUCCCAACAAGCCGAGCCGCACGUCCAUGAGCAAGAUGUUUGUGAAGGGUGCUCCUGAAGGUGUGAUUGACAGAUGCACACAUGUCCGUGUUGGAAAUGCUAAAAUACCUUUGACCUCUGGAAUUAAGCAGAAAAUAAUGUCUGUCAUUAGAGAAUGGGGAACUGGCAGAGACACGCUGCGUUGCUUGGCUCUGGCGACCCAUGAUAAUCCUCCCAAAAAAGAGGAAAUGAACCUGGAGGACUCCUCAAAUUUCAUUAACUAUGAGACCAACCUGACCUUUGUGGGCUGCGUGGGAAUGCUGGAUCCCCCCAGGAUUGAAGUGGCUUCAUCCAUAAAGCUGUGCAGACAGGCUGGCAUCAGAGUCAUCAUGAUCACAGGUGACAACAAGGGCACGGCCGUGGCCAUCUGCCGCCGCAUCGGGAUCUUUGUGGAGGAUGAGGACGUGUCCACCAAGGCCUUCACGGGCCGGGAGUUCGAUGAGCUGUCCCUGGCUGCCCAGAGGGAUGCCUGUCACCACGCCCGCUGCUUUGCCCGGGUGGAGCCUUCCCACAAAUCCAAAAUUGUGGAGUUCCUUCAGUCUUUCGAUGAGAUCACAGCCAUGACUGGUGAUGGUGUCAACGAUGCCCCUGCACUGAAGAAAGCAGAAAUUGGAAUUGCCAUGGGUUCUGGUACUGCAGUGGCCAAAACUGCUUCUGAAAUGGUUUUAGCAGAUGACAAUUUCUCCACGAUUGUGGCUGCUGUGGAAGAGGGACGUGCCAUUUAUAACAACAUGAAACAGUUCAUCCGAUACCUGAUCUCCUCCAAUGUUGGGGAAGUCGUUUGCAUCUUCCUGACUGCUGCCCUGGGUUUUCCUGAAGCUCUGAUCCCUGUUCAGCUGCUGUGGGUGAACCUUGUGACAGACGGGCUCCCCGCCACCGCCCUGGGCUUUAACCCUCCCGACCUGGACAUCAUGAACAAGCCCCCGCGCAACCCCAAAGAGCCCCUCAUCAGUGGGUGGCUCUUCUUCCGUUACCUGGCUAUUGGAUGUUACGUUGGUGCUGCCACAGUGGGUGCUGCUGCUUGGUGGUUUAUUGCUGCUGAUGGUGGUCCAAAAGUUUCCUUUUACCAGCUGAGCCAUUUUCUGCAGUGCAAGGAGGACAAUCCAGAUUUCUACGGGGUGGACUGCGUGGUGUUCGAGUCCCCGUACCCGAUGACAAUGGCUCUCUCUGUGCUUGUCACCAUCGAGAUGUGCAACGCUCUCAACAGCCUAUCAGAAAACCAGUCCCUGAUGAGGAUGCCCCCGUGGGAGAACAUCUGGCUGGUGGGGGCCAUUUGCUUGUCCAUGUCCCUCCACUUCCUUAUCCUUUAUGUGGAACCACUGCCAAUUAUCUUCCAGAUCACCCCUCUGAACGUGACGCAGUGGCUGAUGGUAUUGAAAAUCUCCCUCCCCGUCAUUCUGCUGGAUGAAACACUUAAAUAUGUGGCCCGUAACUACCUGGAACCUGGUAAAGAUGAUAGUGUGCGGCCUGCCACCAAACCCUGUGCUCUGUCAGCAUGCACCGAAGGAGUUUCCUGGCCGUUUGUGUUCAUUACUAUGCCCCUGGUUAUCUGGCUUUACAGCACAGACACUAACUUUAGUGAUAUGUUCUGGUCUUGACUGACAUGGUGACGAGUUUUACAUUCAAAGGAAAAAAAAAAAAAGAAAACUUUAACUUAAUUUUUUUAUUGUUUAGAGCAACUGUCUAUUUCUGCUGAAUUUUCACAUGAACAUAUUUGCCGGUGAUGGAGGUUUCAUAAUCUAGAUUUUGGUUUUUUGCUUUUUCUGACUUCAGUGGGGGCAAUAUAUUCCUCUUUUAUACACAGUUAAAGUGUCCAUUGACAUGUACAGAGAACUAACACUAUUUUAUGCAAAUAUUUUUUUGUAGAUGAAAAGCAUGUACAGUGUUCUGUUCAAUAGUCUAUUCAUCAUGUAAAAAAAAAAAGUAAAUUUUUUUUGAGCCAGCGGACACUAUCAAACGAAAUUGGCAGCAGAUUUUAGGGAAUGAAUGUGUGUUGUCUAAAACUAAAAAAGCAUGUAACUGUUUGUCUUCUGCAUGAUCAUCCAAACUUAAUUUGUCAUAAAGUCAGGUUUUGUUCACAAGCAGAACUUUCUGCACUGGGUAGAGAGUGCUGCUUCCUGGGUCAGGAUUUCUUCUCGGUCCCCUCUUCCCUCACUCUCGGUUCUUGACUGUCCUUGUUUACACCACUUUCUGUAUGAGGUAUGCCUGAUCUCGCUCGUGCAGAAAAUGCCAUUCCAGGUGCAGCCUGCUGGGGUUCUUCCAUACUCUCCACACACAUAGGGUUGGGGUUUUUUUAAGGAUUAUUUAUUUGUCUAUUGUAUUUUAUUGUAACAGACCUUACUUUGCCAGUGUUGCCCAUUAUUGCAGGGAUAGGGAGGGCUACUUCUGUCUCCUUAAAUCUAAAGCCUUUUUAACACACAAUCUGUUUCAGUUCAAAAGAGGGUUUCAGUUGGGGUUUAAUACAUUUUUUACACGUCAGAGCCUUUCUUUUUUCUUUCUUUUUUUUUUUUCCCCUUUAAGAUCAAAAUUUGCAAUGAGACCUGAAAAAAUAACUUGCACUGCAUAGCUAGAAAUUGGAUUUCCUACACUUAGGGCACUAAUGCUCAGUUGUAUACAUGGAGUUACUCUGCUGGCCUGGUGUUAGCCUGACUUGAAGUAACAAGCUCGUGUGUGUUUUUUGUAAAAUCUGUAAAUAGCACAUGACCAAAUUGAACAUAUUGUAUAGAACUAUUUUUAUUUUAAUGUGGCACUAACCACCUUCAUUAUUACGGUAAAUGUUAAAGCAUGUUUUCAAAUUCAGUCCUGUAUCAACAAUGUGUAAGUCAUUAACAGUCCUAACUGUGGUGUUUUUCUCCAAUGCCUUCCAACUUUCAUCGACUAAAGUGAGUAUUUUUCUUCCAUUUCACCCUGCCAGUGGUGACUUGCUGUAAAAUAGCGUAUGCUGUAUACAUGUUGAAGAAUAAAUAGUAAUUUCCUUCAUUCCCAUGCUGUGUUUUGUCAAACUCUGCUGUGCUACAUUAUUAUCACCACUUUAGACUCUUGUUUUGUGGUCUGAAGCUCAAAUUACUGAUUCCAAAGGCAAAGCACUUGCUUUUGGUUUAGUGUAUUUUAGGGUCUUGUUUUAUAGCACCUGGGAGCCUUUGUGCCCCAAGGUCUUACAGCUUUUGGUCUUAAGAUUGAGAUAAAAUCAGACAAAUCUGUAACUUAAGACCCUGACUGCUGUUACCGUGAAUGUUUAGUGUCCAAAACUCUCUGGUACUCAUGGUCAGGUGCUGGUUUACUCCAAAGCUUUUCCCUGCUUUGAAACAGGGGCUGCCCCUCAGAGCUGAGCACCCUUCCCUGGUCCCUGCAGUGCUUGAAGGGCAGGUGCUGCUCCUGGCAAAACCAGCUCAUUGUUUGUUAUUUGCCAUCUGAGAAGGCAAAAGAACAGUCUGAGCUGAACAGGGCAGUCUUUGAGACUCUCCCUGGGGUCAGUGUGUCUGUGGAGCAGCAGGUGCUGUUAUCUGUGCUGGCUCAGUCUGCUUUAGUAACCAAAUUCAAACAGCUUUGAUCCCUCCUAGAGGGCAAGGAUAGUUCAGGCUCUGCUCUCUUGGUGCCAGCUGGAAUGCAGCGAGCACACAUAAUUCUCCAUAAUUCUCUAGGUUUAAGCUCUCCCUCAGAGCAGGGAGGCUCGAUCAGAAAUUCCACUGCAUUGUGAUACUUUGUUGUACAGACUUUGACUUGAGCUGCUGCUGAAGCGGCUCAGAGGAGCUGACCUGAUGAUGUAGCAGGUGUGUUGCCAAACUGUGAGCAUUCAAAUCCCCUCAAAUGCCCUUUUUUAGUGUGGAAGAGCCAAACUAAAGUUGUGCAUUCCACAAAACCACUGGGGCCUGCACUGGCCUUUUGCUGUAUUGAUAACAAACCAGCAGUGUGAGACUCAUCCCUGUUCCUUGAAACAAAAAAUAAUAGUUGCUAUGAUGUAGGAUUCCUUGAGAUCAAAGUGUACACCAGUGUGUUAUUUGCUGGAAACAAAUCAGCAGUUUAGUUCUGUGUGCUCCCACUGGUACUGACAGACAUUUCCAGGGCAGGAGUGCCACUGAAUCCUUGAACAGGGCUUCUGCUGAACCUCAGCACCAUGUGGUGGCCUUUUUAAAGCCACAUGUCUGGCUGCCACCAUGAAUAAUUCUGCUUCUUGUAGAAUCCUUUUCUUGUCUUUUAUGCCAAAUAAUCCUGCUAAACACCCCCUUUUCCCCUCACUUAAGAAGCUGAAGGGGAAAAUGACUGUCAGUAAGUGGAAUUUGGAAUAUUCAGCAUUCAGCACCUUCUCUGUUGGAUCUGUCAGUGUUGAGGAUGGAUCUUGCUGCUUCUCAUGGAUUUCCAUAGAAAUCUGAGAGCUCGUUCGUGCCACUGUCUCAGAGGCACUUGGGGUAGGGCCUUGUGUUCCUUGGACUUUGCCUUGAAAUCUGGAUGAGUGGUGGGCAAAUGGAGAUGUUGGGAUCCAUCCCUACAGGCUCCUGAGCUUACAGGAACAGUCAGGUUUUACAAGGUGCUCCUACAGAGCCCAAGCAAUCUUCAUCUGCCCUGUUCUUCUUCUGUUUCUCCCAGUCUUGUCCAAGUUUCCGUGCAGAAAUGGAGCCACAGGCUUCCCCAAGAUCAGCAGCUGCAGAUCUGUGCUGUGCUUUCAGGGCUUCUGUUUUCCAAGGGCUGCAAAUCCCACCCUUGGCUGGUUGGGAUUGGCCAAAUGUUCAGAGCUGCCAUGAGCUUCCUGCUGGGCAGUGAAGGCUCCUGCCCUGGAAUCACAUCCUUGUGAUCCUGGAGCUGCAGUGCAGGGCCUGGGCUCAGCCCUGGCAGCUGAGCAGGCUGGGGGAGGCUGCAGGAGCAGCCUGAGGAGCUGAGGGCUUUUCUGUCAUACAAAGUACAGAACUGCAGAGCAAAGUCUGUAAUUUCUGCAGGAAACGUCUAAACUAUGUGUUUAUCCUUAGCUCUAUAGAUCUGUCAUCUUUCAGCCUCAGUCUUUUCAGCUGGAGGAGCCAGGAAGGGAGGACUUUACAGGACAGACUCAUUUGCCAGCAUCUCAAAGUCAAAACUCAUUUGUUUGGUCCCAGAUAUUUCCUCUCCAACCUCCCCAGAGCUGGGGUUGAAGAAGGUAACUCCUGUUGAGCCAUGUUAGCCCAGAGAACGCACAAACAGCAGCCCUUGUUCAAGCAGGACUAACUCAGAAUUCCCCAGGCUUGAUCUCCCAUCCAUUCUUACAAAAUAACUUCAUCUUUUUUGUUUCUCUUUGCUCCCAUCUCACCGAGCUUUUUCAUCUCUGCUGUUUUCUGGAUUCCUUGGUGCCCUCACACAUCACUGCUUAUUCUCUACUGUGAGAGGGGUGUGUAAGACCAGGAUCAAUCCUGUGAUUGAUGCUGCCUUAUGCUGGGAACACCAGGAAGGAUUUUGGCUUGUGCUGGGAACCCACUGGGGUUUGGAAUGAGAGCAGCUCCUCCUGAAUCCUGUAUUCUGUGGCAAGGAGGGUGCUCGGGCAGCUGCAGUCACGCAUUGAAUUUUUAGACAGGAGCUUUUGUCUUUGCAGUGCCUUGGGGCUCUCUCUGCUCUCACGUGUGAGCGAUCCAAAGCGCUGAGCUGCACAACGAGCUGCUCCUCCUCGC